GGGGCAGGAUCGCUUAGACGAUCACUUAGACUGCGCAGGUUCUCCGCUGUAUAGGUAGACAGAAACAUUGAGCACGGAGUCUAUAGACAUAUGCGGCGACUGCGGUGCGUGCACAUUCUGACUAAGGGCACCUUCUAUGAAGCGAAAAAAACAGGUUAGGGGCGCGCCAGAGGCGACGAACAUCCGCAUCUGAACCCCGUUAAAAACUUUUCUGUGUAUAUACCAUGAAGUGUGAAAAAGAAAGGCGCCAACACACUUGAAAAAAACACCUCGCAGAACCUUGAGCGCACGUUUGGACUUCAAGAGUCAAAGUCAAGUGAUCUACCGCAGAUGGUCACGUUGUCUAACGUUAAACGCAUAGAGUGGAGCGAAGAACCGGAAGGCCAUGUUUUACGCGUUGAUGUGGCUGAAGACCAGCGGAUUUUUGGGGGGACUGCAUGCAGGGAGAAACGUGGCACUUCCGCUGCAUGAGGGAGGCACGCCAACGCACAUGCAACCCUUUUCUCCGCUAUACCUAUUUGCUUUAUGAGGGAAACAGAAUGAGUCUUGCCCCUCUGCAAAGACUGUGCCUCGAGGUGCCCUCAUCUCACCUGCAGAACAGCUUGUUUUUGUAGCUUUACCUGGUGUGCAGUGGUUCCUGAGAACCGUCGCCGCCGCGUCGACCUGCAUGCGUCGAGGCUCCUAGCGAUUCGUUCGAGUUCCUGUCUCUGAGUUCCAACAGUAUAGAACCGCUGUUUGUCACUUCAAGCGCGUCACGUCUCACGUGGGCGUCUGAAGCGCUUCUUGGAAGACGCAACGAAGAUACCCCUGGAUCUUCUUCUGUCUGGACACACACUCUCGAGGAAAAGCGAAUCCUUGAAGCGAUCUUUCUGCCCCGGCAUCAAAGGUGGAAGUUUCCUUGCUGUUUCGACGUUGGUGCUGGUCUGUAUGCCUUGGCAUGCCACCUGGGCGACUUCUGCUUCCUCAGCUUCGUUUCCGACGUUUCGCCGUCCUUUGUGUGCGCUGAACAUCCAACGCAAGCUCAGUUCUCUUCUGGCCGCUUGGCUGUCGCCUUCCCCCCUGCGUCUUCUCGCCACCAGUCAGCGUCGCCUUCCUGUCAGCCUGCACUCUCAUCCACUUACGUUCCUUCCUUCUACAUACAAAAGCCGGUUUCUGCGUGUCGUCGAAGCCGCCGCUGCUCCACAGACGUCGUGCCCCAGACGACUCGCGGGUCGCCUGCGCUUGCUCGCCGGGAAAACUCGGGUGGAAGUGAAAGAAAUCGCGGAGUCAAAUCCAGGACCUCUCCAUCCGACUCGAUGACGCUCCUCCACUUCUUCGCCAGCAGCGUGUGCUGCUUCGGCCCGAUCUACGCAGUAUACAAAGCUACGGAAGUGUCAGAACAAGCCGGCACACUGGUGCUCGUUGCCCUCUCCUCCGCCUCGUACCUCUGCGCUCAACUCCUGAGAAGCUUGGUUGUCGCGUCGUUGGCGCCAGCCACCUGUCACCUUUACUUCGUCUGCGAGACUUUCACGCAGAUCCUUUGGGGCGUCAUGAAGAUUAUGGGUCUCUACUUUGUGAUCCACCACAGAACGGCACUGUCCUUCGACGCGGAUUCGCGCGUGCUGAGCAUUGGUCUGGGUUGGUCCUUCGCUCAUUCGCUCUUCACCAACCUGUUGCCGAUCCUCUCAAGUGCACGGACCGUGGCGUUCCACUGGAAGUUCCUCUAUGGUGCUUUGUCGGCAAAUGUUUCCAGCGUUUCUCUGCUGACCUUGACAGCGCUCGUUUUCCUCGCGACGCGGCGUAAGCAGCCGCGCGCAGCAGCCACCACACCAGGUAUUCUGGCAGCAGUCCUCCUGCUCCUCCCGUUUGUCACCAGCCGGAUUAUUGUCGGCGGCACCCCGUCUACCGGCCCUGCUGAAAGUCCAGCGUGGUGGAUACAACUCGUGCUUCAUGCAGCCGUCAGUGCUUCUGUUGCACUCUUUACGUGGCAGCUGUAUCGCUCUCGUGCAGCUAAAGGCACAAGCUCCCAGUCUGCCUCCACUUCGCAACAGCAAGGAGGGGGAAAUGGUUCCACGUAUCCCAAGCGGGAGUGAUACGAAUCUGAGUAUCAAGCUGUUGAAGAUGUCGAGGUCAAUGGGCCAGUGUCACCAUCUCGUGGACAGGUAGAAGAUGUCACGACACAGUGUGCGCGGGACGCUGACAAGGGAAGGCAACGCGCCUCGGCGACACAAGCAUCUUCUGGCAGUCCACUGAGUCCUGAAGUACAGAUUCGCGAAUCCUUCGAAGCGUUCUUAUAUGGAAUGCGCCGGAGCAACUUCACAAACCAUUGCCAUGUUGGCAUCCAUUUUAAUUCGUUCUUCCGUUUGUCGCAUGUGCCGGGCAGCAGCCAAUCGAUGACUGCGCAACUUAGUGAAAGCCAGUUCAUCCGUCUCGUUUAAAGGGAGUUGCCUACAUUUCUUGAACGGUGGUCUUAGUUUCCGUUGGUUGCUGCUCUUUCACGAGUAUGCAUGCACGCUCUAGCAAAGUAGCGACAAAAGUGGAGGCCCCAUUUCAUCCGGGUCGCACGUACCGGGCGUCCAGCGAGUUUGUGAGGUGGAGUCUGAGUGGCGGAGGCGGACAAGUUCGGGGCGCGCCGCCAACGGCACUUUACACAAGAUUUCCCGUCCAUCUGCAGGGAAGUAUCUGUUGUAUCGUAAGUCGUAAGUGGCAAUAUGUACAAGGUUGCCGGCUACCGGCCGUGGUCGGGCGGCAGUCUCACCUUCCCGCAUGGUGGUUUGCACACAAAAACGGUGUCGCCUCGCGUUGUCAAAGUUCUGAAACGCCCCGCGCUUGGCAUUCUUGGUGCACAUGGAAUUUUAUCGCCGCGGCCACGUAUCGCACUGCUUCCUUCGCCUGCAAGUCGACAUCCCUCUGCUCCUUUGCAUAUGUACAAGGAAGUGGGGAUAGACUCGGUAGGAGCCAGCGAAGUCCACUUCAGUGUGUGAAUCCAGUAAAUCAGUCUGUCAAGAAUCGAGGGACUCUGAGCAGGUGCGCUUCCGCUGUUUGCACAGUACGGGCACUUCGGGCCAAUUUCGCGACUGCCAAACACGUGGACGGCGCGACUUUCCGUAAUCAGACACGACUCGUGGAAUAAUCAUCCGGGCUCGCGUGUACUGAGUUGCUGCCGACAGCUGUCAAAGGCAGCAUGCGACCAACGGUCAUUCGCUCGGUGUGUCGUAGCUACUUUCGGAAAGGGAAGAAGCAAUUCGUAUUUGAUCGGUUGGCUAGGAAACGCAACACCCUCAACGAUCAUUCGUUAGUUCGUACUGACAAAGAGCAUCAGACCGGAUCUGAAGGUCUCCCACACACUCACAGUUGUCACUUAUCUUUCGUUUCCCAAGAGUAAACGUUGUUUCCCUGCGCCGCCCCGUAUGCUGACGCGAAA